AUGUCCUUUUGGGUACAGGGGAAGUUGGGACCUUUAAUUAUGACUAUCCAUUGCAAUCUGAAUCCAAAUGGUAUUGAUCACCCUGUCCCCACAGAAGGUAUUAAUCUGCAACUUGAAGGUGAAGGAGUUGAAUCCCCCUCUGUUAAGAACACUAGUACUCCAAAAGGAUCUGAGUCAAAAGAGACACCCAAGAGACAACAAGUGGAGCCAGAAAUAUCUAAGUCCGGGAAUGUGAAGCUGACCAAGCCUGUGGCGUUAUGGACCCAGCAGGAUGUCUGCAAAUGGCUGAAGAAACAUUGCCCUAAUCAGUAUCAAAUCUACAGUGAGUCAUUCAAACAGCAUGACAUAACUGGCCGUGCUUUGCUGAGACUUACUGACAAAAAGCUUGAACGAAUGGGCAUUGCCCAGGAAAGCCUGCGACAGCACAUUCUGCAGCAAGUCCUUCAGCUGAAGGUGAGGGAAGAAGUCCGAAACCUCCAGCUGCUUACACAAGCCCCAGCAGAGAGCUCUCCAUAAACAUUUCCAGCCUCUAAAGCUGCUGUCCUGCCACUUGAUAUGAAAGUGAACUUUCCUCGUGAAAAGAAACAUAAUAAAUGGCACUGCCAGAAGGUGACCAUGGAGGAUUGAAGCCAAACUUGAAGUAAAAUCAAGAUGAUGCAUUCUGGGAAGACCUGGUUUGCUGUGGAGUAAAAAUGUGGUGCAUAAUAUCCAGUGCUAAUUUGUUGAAAAUGGUCAUUGACAGACCUUUAGCUGGAAAAUUUCUUCCAGUUUUCAUCACUGUGCAUAACUUUUGAGUUCCCUUUAGGGGACUGUCUAUGCCCUUCACUAGAAGUCCUGUUUUAGCAUGGCAACUACUGGAUUCUUUUAUUAUGUAUGCAGAUGGCAUGAUGUUUUAGGAAAAACUUACAGCAAUUCUCUAAUCUCAGUGGAUAUGUUCACAAUAUUACACCCCGAUAGGAAUGUAAACGUCUUGUAUAUGUUAGUUUUGCAGUCUAAUGGUAUUCUGUUAAACAAUAUUAGCACUUCAUACGUGCUUUCUGCACAGAACUAGCACAGUCCAUAUAUAUUUAAUGGUCUUCUCUUCAAAUACUGAGGAUACGUUUCGGUAUUUGUGCUGAGACUGCAUCCAAACUGAAGUCCACUACUAGCAUACCUUCACCGAUUCACAGUAGAUUGUGUAGAUAGAUUUGCACGUGGCAGAGGUGUGACUUCUUUUAUCAAAACUUAGAGAACAGCUGUCAUGGAGGUAGCCAAGAACAGGGUAGGAUGAACGAGCUGUAGGACACUGUGUCUGCUCUCCCUCUCAUCCGCCAAAUAUCAAAGGUUCUCCUUUCUAGUGUGCCAGUGUGUUUUCUUACUCGGCGAGGGAGAGGCAAGGGAGAGAGCCUUUCUCAGAGAAGUCUGUGGCCCUGGGUUUGGUCUACAAUAAAACCAGAAUAAACUGGAA